AUGAACACACAAGAUAGUACUCCUAUAAGAAAACGUUCGAAAAAGAGAGUUGCAAAACAAUCUUCCAAACAUUACCGUGAAGAGAGUCAACUUCCCGAACAACAAUGUGUAACACCAACAAAAGAACAUACAGCUAAUACUUCCUUCUCCUCUCCAGGAUCAAUUUCUCUCAGUGCACUGAAAAUAACAACUCCAUCACAAAAUAAUGUAAAUUCCUCUUUAAAUGAUUAUGAAAAUCACAGGAAUGAUCUAUCAAGCAUGUCUGAUAGUUCCUUCCUGACAAUGUCUUCCUCUUUUAAUAUGCCACUCAUCAUGAUGGAAGAUGAUCAAGAAAAUGUCACAAAUUCUUCAAUUUUAUUGUCACAACAUACUUCCUUGACACAAGAUUUUGGGAAUGUUGCAUUAUCAAAUAAUGAUAGACUAUUUCCCUGCAAUAUUACUGGCACAAUUACAGAUAAUUUUGAACAAGAAUGUAAUGAUGCUCCCACCUCUCCAAUUAUUACUUUUCCUUCUAAUCAAUAUUCUAACCUAGAUAUUGAUGAAAAGGAAAUUUUUGAGGAAUAUUUUGAAAAGUUGACUGAAAUAGAGACUAGAUCUAGAUCAAAUAGUUAUAAUAGUAACAAACCAUCAAAAAAAAGAAAAACAUAUACCUUGAGUAGACUAAAAGUACUACCUGUGGCCAUCAAACAUGUAAUUUUAAGCUUUCUACCAUAUCUACCACUAAAAUUUUAUUUAGGGCUAGCCUUUCAAUCUCCUCAAAACAAGUAUUUAUUUGCGACAAGUAUUAUUCAAAACUCUUUUGGAAGGUAUUCGGAUAAUCCUCUCAGAUCCCACAUUUUCAUUCCAUUUCUGAAUGUUGAACUUGUGUUGUCAAAAGAGCCAUUUUCCGAAAAGUCAAAUAAUGACAUACCCCAAGAUAUUGCUAGAUCUCUAUCCAAGGAAGAUUUUGAAUCUAUUUGCAUUUUAUACUCCCCCAUUUUCAAUCAUGUAAGGAAUUUAAAAAUCACCACAAUAAUAGAAAAUGAUUCGAGAAUUACUACACCAAUCACAAGUGCAGAAAUGCAAACUUUUAUGAACGUGUUACUGGAGUACAAAUCAAAAUAUUCACUGUUCAGAACCUGCUUAGAUUUUUCAUCAUCACCCUUGGUUAAAAAGUAUUUGGACAUUAAUAUAAUAUCUGAAAGAAAAAUUUCCUUAUUUUCCAGAUUAGAAACGUUAUAUUUUAAUGUAGAAGCACCAGAAAGUAUAUUCGAGUCGGAUUCUCAAUUGUUAGAUCCUUUUAUUUUCCAACCAAUCCCUUCUUUUGAUAAUAUCACCACACACAUUAACCUAAACAAGAAUUUCAUACCUGUUCCCAUUAUUCUCCCACAUCUAAAAAGAUUUCCAAAGCUGAAAUGCAUCCACACUUGUUUGUACUUUCCAGACACUAUCCAAUCCAAUGGUAUCGAUUUCACUUCAAUGCAAUUGAUUCAAUCAUUGAAGAUUUGUAAUAUUUCAACGAAACAACUAGAAAUUUUACUUUCCUCAACAAGCCAAGUUAAAAAUCUUGAUUUAAGAGGUUUAACUUAUUCCCCUCUUGACAUGUUCAUGAAAACCAAGAACAUUACUCAAAAACUUCAACAUUUAUCUAUUCAAUUUUCAGAGAAUGAUAUUGUGAGUGAUAUAGAGUUUUCUAAUUUUCUUAAAUCAAAUUGUAUUCCAUCACUCAGGUGUUUGGAAAUAUUUGAACCAGAAAAUAGAAGUAGAGCUCGCCAAGAAUGUACUCUUGAUGGAAUCCGUCACAAUACCUCUAUUACAAAGCUUUCCCUUGUUUUCUUCUUACAUUUGGGUGCAAAAGCUGCAGAAAACCUAUCCAAUUCCCGUAUUAAUUCGUUAACUGUUGCAAACUCGUUUAGGAAUGCAACACACUUCUCUGCCUUUAUGGAGGUUUUGUCCAAUAAUUCUGUCAUUAAGAGAUUGCACAUAUCAACAUUUUUCUCAUCCAGAUUAGCAUUUGAAAACUUUUUAAAAUCCAAUAAGAUUUGUGAAAAAUUUAUUGGAGAAUUUGAUGACAAGUCAAAACUUUUGGUCUUAGAUAUUAAUUGCCUUGAAGAAUUGAAAACAAAUGUAAAUCUCAAAGUGCUCAAACUUUUGAAUUUUACCUUUGAUGUUACAGAUGAGGAGAUUGAACGAGUUCUAAAUAAUGAAAUUCCACAAAUCGAUGUAACAAUUUGUAGAAAGGCAUAUGUAUCCAGCUUUUCACAAUAA